AUGCCGUCUUUCAAGCAAGGUCGCGGGCGUGGUCAGUCACGAAAGGAUCCUCGCACCACGCGCCUACCAGCCCUCUUGCGGGACGAGCUCGGCCUUCCGGGACCAGCAGCGCGAGAUGCCGGUGCACAGUCGCAAGGGCGCGGCAGAGGAGGAGGAGGAGGAGGCUUCUCUCGUGGGGGUAGAGGAGGUCGCUUUGAUGGUAGAGGUGGAAGAGGUGGGGGCAGACCACUAGGACGGACAGAGACGAGGAAGUUGGAAAGGCAGGAGAAGAAGUCAGCGAAGGGGCAGCAUGCUGCUCAUUCCACUCAGCCUAGACGACAGGACCCCUAUGGCAGCAAUCACUCCUCUGGUAGACCUCUCAAUGGCUCCACACAGAUCAACAAAGGAAAGAGACGCCAGUAUGAUGAUGACGAUGAUGAUGAAGGAAGCGACGAGGAAGACGUCACCUCAUCUAGCGAAGAGGAGCAGACGAGAAGCAGGGAGCCGCCCAAGUCAAAGAAGCAAAGAGUAGACGCAUCCUCUUCUUCCUCCUCUUCGGUCACAGCGACCAAUGGCAGUGAUCCCAGUAAACAAAGGCGGAACGUCGCCUCAGACGAGAAGACGCCUCUACAACGUCUCCUCGACAAGUCCUCGGCCACUUCUUCUAGGCCACCGCCUAGCAGGAGCCGCUCGAGCUCGAAACGCAUCAGAGGUGCCCCUUUGACACAGCAGGAGAAGGAAGAAGAGCAGGAAAUUGCCUGGUUGGAGGCUAUGCUCGGGCGUGGCAAAAAAGAGAAGAGCGGCAAAGGCAAGAGAGGGGAUGAUGAUGAAGAGGAGACUGCUGGACAGGAUGAGGAUGGGCUCGAUGCUUUGCUUGGCGAGCUAGACCGCUUCUAUCCGGGCAUGUACGAGGAAGGAGACGACGAUGACGAUGAAGACGAGUCAGACGAAGAGGAAAGCGAAGGCGAAGACGAGGAGCUCUCUACCGGAGACGAUGAAGAUCAGUCAGACGAAGAGGAGAGUGAUGAGGAAGAAGAAGAGGACUUCGCUGGCUUCUCAGAGGAAGAAGAAGAUAGCGAGGAGGGUAGCGAGGCAGCCUUAGAGGGCCAAGCAGUGCCGUCGCCUGAUGCCGAGGUGCCCUCGCCUCAGUCAGCUGUCAACGGUACAGCCUCAUCCACGGAGACCAGUCUUAAACCUGCCACAGGCCGCUAUAUCCCUCCAGCAGCACGAGCUGCCGCCGCCGCCGCUGCAGCCUCAAGUGCCGCAUCCUCUUCCUCCUCAGCCCUUCCGACCAGCAACCCCAAUCUGCCCCGCCAGCUCCAAGGUCUCUUGAAUCGUCUAGGUGAUUCCAACCUCGAUCCGAUCCUGACAUCCAUCGAGGGAAUCUAUUCUGCCAAUCCGAGAGCAGAAGUCUCACAGACCCUCACGAAGCUCAUCCUCGACACCAUUGCAGCUCGCAGCAAUCUGCUGCUGACCGACACAUUCGUCGUAAUCCAGGCUGGGCUUGUCGCUGGACUGGUCAAGGUAGUCGGUAUUGAAUUUGCCGCUGGGUUGAUCCAGGACCUUGUCGGUAGGGUCAGCCAGUACUACCGAGAUGCGCUCAACGGUCAACAGGGCGCGGCAAACGGCAGUGGAGCCAAUGAGCCAGCAGAGGUAGGCAAGGAGAUGACCAACCUCGUCACUCUUCUUGCACACCUGUACAAUCUCCAGGUAGUGGCCUGCCCGCUCAUCUAUGACCUCAUCAAGCUCUUCCUCGGCUCAGGGUCCAGCUCUACGAUCCGCAAGCCAAACACAAAUGCAAUGACCGAGCUGGAUGUGGAACUCCUGCUCAAGUUGGUCAAGACUUGUGGACCUCAGCUACGCUCUGACGAUGCCUCCUCCCUAAAGUCCAUCGUUACGCUCGCGACGGAGCAGUGCGCCAAGAGCACCUCGUCCUCGUCCACCCGCACCCGCUUCAUGCUCGAGACGCUCAACGACCUCAAGAACAAUCGCGCCAAAGCUGCCGCUGCCCAGGCCAAUGAUGCCUCUACUCAGCUUCUCGGGCAGCUCAAGAAGUACCUUGCAGGAAUGGAAAAAAAGCGCACAGUCAAGGGACGCGAGGCGCUGCGUGUCGUGCUUAGGGAUCUUGAGGAGGCGGGAGAGAGGGGCAAGUGGUGGCUCGUAGGCGCGGGGUGGAAGGGUCAAGAGGGCGAUCUGGUGGGCGAAGAGAGCUCAACAGCUCUCGGCGGUGAAGCUAGAGGCGUGACUGCCAAGUCCCGUUUGCGUCGCAUCGGCGAAGUCGAAGACGAGGCAGAAGACGACCUUACCUCCUCGGGGAGCGGGAGCGGGAGUCAAGCGGCUCUCCUUGCCCUCGCACGACAACACGGCAUGAACACGCCCUCUCGUCGUCAAAUCUUCUCCACCCUCCUCACUUCAACAGACUACCUCUCCUCUUCUCAAUGCCUCCUCACCCUCAAACUCUCCGACACCCAACGUCGAGAAAUCGUCCGUGUGCUUCUGCAUGUGCUAGAACGAGAAGAGGUGUACAACCCCUUCUACUCGCUCGUGGGAGUGGAAUUGGCAAAGAGGGAUGCGGGUGUAAAAGUGACGAUGCAAUUUUGUCUUUGGGACUAUCUGAGGAGUAUUGGGGAGAAGAGAGUAGGAGGAAGAAGCGUCAUUGCUAAUCAGGAUGAGGACGAUGAGGACGACGAGGGAGCUUUUGGUGAUGAGGGAGAGGGAGGGGAGGAAGAGGGGAGAAAAGGAGAGUUGGCUAGACAGAAGAUGUGGCACUUGGCCAGGUGCUACGGUUGGUGGAUCGCAAAAGGUGCCUUGGGACUCAAUGUUCUUCGCACCAUCUCCUUUUCAACCCUCAAGCCCCGCUCAACCCACUUCCUACACCUACUAAUGGUUCACCUCCUCCUCUCCACGCAAACCAAUUCACCUUCGCUCACUCUCCCACGUAGAAAGACCAAAUCCAGCGAUCGCCGCAGCGGUAGCGGUAGCAAGAAGAGCAACAGCGGACAAGCAGAGGCAGAAGAAGAGGGAGCAGGCGAUCCCCAUGCGCUUCGCAAUCUCUUCCGUCCUUCUUUACUCCGUAAUCCAGACUUGGUCGUUGGACUUGCUUGGUUCUUUCAACAGUGGAGUAGCUCCACUUCCACUUCUACUUCCACUUCUACCUCCUCCGCUACCUCUACUUCUGCAAGGAGUGGUACCAGUAAGAGUAGGAAGGGGGGUAAGGACAAGGAUAGUUUAAAGGAGCUAGUUGGAGAAGACGAAGUAGUCUAUGCUCGAUUGAAGUGGGCGAUUGGAGUGGUGAGGGAGACGCUUGCCACUGAUGGUGGCGGUGCUGGCGGUGGCGGUGCUGCUGGUCGUGGGGGCGGGGGUGAAGUUGAGGAUGAAGAAGAAGAAGAAGACAGGAGGGGAGGGAGAGACUGGCGCUAG